AUGGACAGCUCCACAGUAAUGAAUCAGUGUGUCUGUAGAGGACUGGAAGAAAACAAGGAAAGACCUAAGCGGCAUCAACAAAACAACUUUCCCAUGUUUCCUUCGCCUAAAGCCUGGAAUUUCAGAGGGCGGAAACGGAAGCAGAGCACCCAAGAUGAAGAUGUUGUCAGCCUUUGCAGUCUUGACAUAAGUGAACCUAGUAAUAAACGGGUCAAACCCCUUUCCAGAGUCACGUCACUAGCUAACCUCAUCCCGCCUGUGAAGUCUACUCCUUUAAAGCGCUUCAGCCAAACCCUGCAGCGGUCCAUUAGCUUCCGAAGUGAGAGCCGCCCUGACAUCCUUGGGCCCCGACCCUGGUCCAGAAAUGCCACCUCCUCAAGCACAAAGCGGAGAGACAGCAAGCUGUGGAGUGAGACCUUCGAUGUGUGCGUCAAUCAGAUGCUUACAGCCAAGGAAAUCAAACGUCAGGAGGCAAUCUUUGAGCUUUCUCAAGGAGAAGAAGACCUGAUAGAAGACUUGAAAUUAGCAAAAAAGGCCUAUCAUGACCCCAUGCUGAAACUCUCCAUCAUGACGGAACAAGAGCUGAAUCAAAUUUUUGGAACACUGGACUCUCUGAUUCCUCUGCACGAAGAGCUCCUUAGUCAACUUCAAGAUGUUCGGAAGCCAGAUGGCUCAACUGAACAUGUUGGUCCCAUCCUCGUGGGCUGGCUGCCUUGUCUCAGCUCUUAUGACAGCUACUGCAGUAAUCAAGUGGCUGCCAAAGCCCUGCUGGACCAUAAAAAACAAGAUCAUCGAGUUCAAGAUUUCCUUCAGCGAUGUUUAGAAUCCCCCUUUAGCCGCAAACUAGAUCUCUGGAAUUUCCUUGAUAUCCCAAGAAGCCGGCUGGUGAAAUACCCUCUGCUUCUCCGAGAAAUCCUGAGGCACACACCAAACGACAAUCCAGAUCAGCAGCACUUGGAAGAAGCUAUAAACAUCAUUCAGGGAAUUGUGGCAGAAAUCAACACCAAGACUGGGGAAUCUGAAUGUCGUUAUUAUAAAGAGCGGCUUCUUUACUUGGAAGAAGGCCAGAAAGACUCCCUGAUUGACAGUUCGAGAGUCCUGUGUUGUCAUGGUGAACUAAAGAACAACCGGGGUGUGAAACUCCAUGUUUUCCUGUUCCAAGAAGUGCUUGUGAUUACUCGAGCCAUCACCCACAAUGAGCAGCUGUGCUACCAGUUGUACCGGCAGCCAAUUCCUGUGAAGGAUCUCCUGCUGGAAGACCUGCAAGACGGAGAAGUGAGGCUGGGCGGCUCCCUGCGAGGGGCUUUCAGCAACAAUGAGAGAAUUAAAAACUUCUUCAGAGUCAGUUUCAAAAAUGGAUCCCAAAGUCAGACCCACUCAUUACAAGCCAAUGAUACCUUCAAUAAACAGCAGUGGCUCAACUGUAUUCGUCAAGCCAAAGAAAUGGUUGUGUGUGCUGCCAGGCAGGCAGGGGUGCUUGACUCCGAGGGACCAUUUCUAAAUCCCGCCACUGGAAGCAGGGAGCCACAGGGAGAAACAAAACUUGAGCAGAUGGACCAAUCGGACAGUGAGUCGGACUGCAGCAUGGACACAAGCGAGGUCAGCCUUGACUGUGAGCGCAUGGAACAGACAGACUCUUCCUGUGGGAACAGCAGGCAUGUGGAAAGCAAUGUCUGACAGAAGGGUGUGUCCCUUGUGGAAGUGACCCUGUGUCUUACCUGUACAGUAUUUGCAUUCCACACAUGCAAUGGUUUGGAGAAGCACUUUUUAAUACUUUGGUGAGCGUGUUGGCCCAGUCUCUUGUGUCUGUACCUUUGUCUCUAGUACUGUAACUGCUGAUCAAGCUGUCUGUGUCAGCAGGAACCUGGCAGCCGUUACCCUGUGCUGUGUCUAACAAGUGUCUGGAUGGAUGGAGAGGUACUUUCAAUAGUCCUGCUGGAUUUUUAAAAACAGAAAAAAAGAAAAAUCUAAACUACUGUUUAAUGUAGAUUCCUUGAAGAGUUCUUCCUCUCAUGCCUCUCAGUUGCUCUUCUAGCUCUUUGGUGUGGUGGCUGAAGGCAUGGAAUUUAGAGGGCUCUGCAAAUAGAAUUUGGGAUGGUAUUUGAGGGAGAACUAGGAAAAACCGACCAUUGAUGUGAAAACUUGGUUCUGUAUUACUCAACCAGCAAGCAUGAAAACAUCCCUGGGGAUUCUAAAGGCUUAAUUUUACAAAGGAAGAAGUAUUGUUUGAACCUUGCCAUUUCAUCCAGUGUAAGUUUGAUGCAGUAAUCGAUGAGAACAUGAAAUAGAGGCUGACCUUGGAAGAGCCAGGACAAAUGCAGCUGCCAGCUCUGAAUCUUUAACUAAAGUGCACAUGGCUCCAAGGGGCGUCUGUCAUGGUUGGUGGCCUGCCAUAGAGAGCCAUUUGCAGCCUAAAAUAUCAGUAUAGAACCCAAAGGCCCCGGGAAAGCCUACCAGGAUAACGAGGGAGCCCUGUCUUCAUUUGGUUUCACCUGCCUAGGCCACUCAUGUUUUACAUUGUGAAUGAAGCGAUAGGAAAAGGGACUCUAACUGGAUCAGUGACUCGUUACAGGGAGAAGAACAAUUGGGAGAAGCGCUUCCUUGGGGUCUUCUGUGGGAACCAUUAAAAGAGAAAAGCAAGGAAGCAUGGCCGGGGCCUUCUGAGAAAGGCCACAGCCAGGGGAUUUCCUGCCCUGCUUUCAAGUCAUCCAUUUGCAUCCCUGGUUCUAUGCUGUCAUCAGAAUCAUAAUUACAUUUUCAUUAACUGAUUAAUUAGGAUCAGCUAGCCAAACUUCGAACCUCUUUGUCCAGCCUUGAUUAACAGAACAGAGUGGCUUGCAGACCUUUAAAAAAAUGUUAACAAGGGCCAGGGAUUUAGCUCAGCGGUUCCAGCGCCUGCCUUGUAAGCGCAAGGUCCCAAGUUCGAUCCCCGGCACCAAAAAAAAAAAAAAAAAAAAAAAAAAAAAAAAAAAAAAAAGUUAACAAAAUACUCAGAAGAGCUCCCUGUGAUUGUAAAUAUUUAGAAUGACCUGUGCAAAAUUAUAGUCACACCAGCACUAAUAGUAAUGAUUCUAAAUUAUUGCCAAAAAUUUUUUUUUAAUCUUCUGUGUCUUUCAAGUUUACAGAAAAGAAAGCAGCAUUUUAUUGUGUACAUAGAUCAUGUGCAUUCAAAGAAGCUGUAUAACAAGAGUUAAUGCUAAAAAAAACAAGGUAUAUUACAUUAUUAUUUUUCAAAAGCAAAAAAUACUAUGGUCAGUUUUACCCUGUAAAACAUAUUUAUAGAUUUUAAACAUGGUGAAUUUUUUCUAUUACAAGUUUAUUUAAAACUACUUUGUUUCUCAAGAUACGAUUUAGCAGGUAAAUGAACCUGAUGCAGAUAAAAGCAGAGAAAAGUCCUUUGAUGGUGGGAAAAGAAUGAAUCAUUCUUUGAAGAGCCAUUAGCCACUUUGGCCAAUGUACCGAGAAAAGAGGUUUGUCAAGUGCUGGCCUAUGAGAAUGAAGUCACUGAAUGUUUGGAUGGAAUGAAUGUUUUUGUAUAAUGGCCUUAAACUUUUCUGGAAGCAUUUCAAAUAAAUUACAUUAAAAAUGUCA